GCAGCACUUUCCGCGGCUUUGACAAGCCCGCGGCGGCCUGGCCCAAACGCUUGACGGGGCCGAGACUGCGCCAUGCAGGAAGCGCCAGCCGCGCUGCCCACGGAGCCGGGCCCUAGCCCCGUGCCAGCCUUCCUCGGCAAGCUAUGGGCGCUGGUGGGAGACCCAGGCACCGACCACCUGAUCCGCUGGAGCCCGAGCGGGACCAGUUUCCUCGUGAGCGACCAGAGCCGCUUCGCCAAGGAAGUGCUGCCGCAAUACUUCAAGCACAGUAACAUGGCGAGUUUUGUGCGGCAACUCAACAUGUACGGUUUUCGUAAAGUGGUGAGCAUCGAGCAGGGUGGCCUGCUGAGGCCGGAACGUGACCACGUCGAGUUCCAGCACCCGAGCUUCGUGCGCGGCAGAGAGCAACUACUGGAACGCGUGCGGCGCAAGGUACCUGCGCUGCGCGGCGACGACGGCCGCUGGCGCCCUGAGGACCUGGGCCGGCUGCUGGGCGAGGUGCAGGCUUUUCGGGGAGUGCAGGAGAGCACCGAGGCGCGGCUGCGGGAGCUCAGGCAGCAGAACGAGAUCUUGUGGAGGGAGGUGGUGACCCUGCGGCAGAGCCACGGUCAGCAGCACCGGGUCAUUGGCAAGCUGAUCCAGUGCCUCUUUGGGCCACUUCAGGCGGGGUCCAGCAGCACAGGAGCUAAGAGAAAGCUCUCCCUGAUGCUGGAUGAGGGAUGCCCAACACCAGCCAAAUUCAGCGCCUGCCCCCUACCCGGUGCCCUCCUGCAGGACCCCUACUUUAUCCAGGCGCCGCUCCCAGAGACCACCUUGGGCCUCAGCAGCCCUCACAGGGCCAGGGGCCCCAUCAUCUCUGACAUUCCAGAAGACUCUCCAUCCCCUGAAGGAACCAGGCUUUCUCCCUCCAGUGAUGGCAGGAGGGAGAAGGGCCUGGCACUGCUCAAAGAAGAGCCGGCCAGCCCAGGGGGGGAAGGCGAGGCCGGGCUGGCCCUGGCCCCAAACGAGUGUGACUUCUGCGUGACAGCACCCCCACCGCUGCCUGUGGCUGUGGUGCAGGCCAUCCUGGAAGGGAAAGGGAGCUUCAGCCCUGAGGGGGCCAGGAAUGCCCAACAGCCUGAACCAAGAGGCCCCAGGGAGGUUCCUGACAGGGGCCCUCUGGACCUGGAGAGGGGAGGCCGGAGCCCAGAGAGUCUGCUGCCUCCAGUGCUGCUUAGGCCUCCCCCUGAAAGCGUGGAGCCUGCAGGGCCCCUGGAUGUGCUGGGCUCCAGCCUCCAAGGGCGGGAAUGGACUCUCAUGGACUUAGACAUGGAGUUGUCCCUGUUGCAGCCUUUGGUUCCAGAGAAGGGUGAGACUGAGCUGGCAGUCAAGGGGUUAAAUUCUCCAGGCCCAGGGAAGGACUCCACGCUUGGGGCACCACUCCUGCUGGAUGUCCAAGCGGCUUUGGGAGGCCCAGCCCUCAGCCUGCCUGGAGCUUUAACCAUUUACAGCACCCCGGAGAGCCGGGCUUCCUACCUGGGCCCAGGGGCCAACCCCUCCCCCUGAAACCUCCUCCACUCUGAGCCCUGCCUGGCCAGGGGCUGGCGGCCGGCAGCGAGCCCUGCUCGGCUUCCCGGAGCCCCCUGCUGGAGACUGAGUGAAGCCCCUCCUACUUGGCAGCCCCUCUCCAUUACCGAGCCCUGCAUAAAACUGCGGUUUUUUCUGUGUU